UGAGGCACCUGCAGCAGAGAGUGAGAUGUUUGACUCUGGGUCGGACUCUUGGGAGACUCUCCCUCCAAACCUUUCUCAGAUUAAAGAAUGUAACGAUCAGUGAGUUGCGAGGUGCACAGGGGAUGGACUCCUCAGCUCUCUCUUUUGAAAGAGCCAACAACUGCAGGAUGGACACCAUAAUCAGUUUUGGAGGAUCAAGAGCAUCUGACUCAUAUGUCUCAAUUCGGCUGUCAGCCUCUUCAGAUAUGACCACUCUGGAUUUCACUGACUUCAUUCUGACUUUUGACACAUAUCUAUUGGGACGUUCAAGGAUGAACUGUACUGAUGGAGGUGUGGAGUCUCCACUCUCCUCCCUUUGCUCUGUGCCUGGUCUGAAGACGGUGAAGAUGGAGGUGAAGUGCAUGACUCUGAGCCUGGCUGCUGGGAGCCUCUGCCUCAUCCAAACCCAUCCUAGUGUUGAGGAAAUUAAGAUUGUUCAGGUACAACCUUUCACUGAUAAUGAAGAGAUAAGUUACCACUGCUCAUCUCUUUGUUUUACUAAGGAUUCCAACACCCAGAGCCUGGACAUUGGAAUUGCCACAGAAAAGCCUCAGGCCGCAGCCUCAUAUAUUUCACUCUUCCUGUCACGGUCCUCAGUGAAGAGCUUUGACCUCAAGGACUUUCUCUUGAAAUUCCAUUCUUUGGAAUAUUUAGAUGAACCUAGACGUUCACAGCUUGAUGAUGCCCUGAUGUCUUCCCUGCACUCUCUGCCUGGUCUGAGGGAAAUGGAGCUGGAGGUGGGCAGUCUGACUGUCCGCUGGGCAAAGAGGAUUCUCUCCCUCAUUCACUCCUGUCCCACACUUCAGAAACUACAUGUGAAUGCUAGCGGGUGGCGAUGGACUCACAAAGAGUACAUCGUGGUAGGUGGCUUUUUGACAAAGGAAGGUGUCCGUCUACUUAAGACAGCACCGAAGCAUCCAGACUUCACUCUGAAACUUCAUGGGAAGUGGUGCAGCAACACCACCAGCCAGUGCACUGAGGCCAAGGACUGGCACCUGCGCUGCAACCAGCAGGUGGAGAUUUCAAUACAAAGAAAGUCUUUCCAGAUGAAGAACACAAGUGAGCUGUAUGACAGGAAGGGGAUGAAACUGAGGGUGAAGAGGAGGAGACGAAAGAAGAGAGGCAGGAGGCGUGAUGGACAGAGUGAAGAACACGACUGUUCAGAUGAAGAGGGUGAGGAGGACGAGUGAGUGAGACGGCUGCUGAUGAUGAAGACCGUGAGGAUCAUGGAGGGCCGUGUGCAAAACGCUGGAUGAUGAGGAUUGCAGAGCUGGAGGAUCAGAAGCGCACUGAUCUUCCUCAGUGCUCAUAGAGUGUAAGAGCUUUGCAGGAGAUUCUGCAGUGCAGGAACAAAUCACUCCGACAGAAGGAUAAAGAUCUCCGUAUGUGGCCACUUAUCAUGAAGGCAUCAGGAAUUUACUGCAGUUUUGUUGGUUUCCUCAGAAGUUUCCAAAUGUACAGUUUAAUUUCCUGGUGUUCCCUCAAUUGCAACAAGAACUGUACUUCACUUAAGGAGUACAGGAGUUUGUUUUUUAGAUAAUUAUGCACAUAGUAAUGACGACUGUUGAAAUUGACUACAUUUGAUUGGCCUGAGUGCACGUAGUAGGUCAUGUUCCAGAACUUGAACUCCAGACCUGGGGUGCGUUUCCCGAAAGCAUCGUAAGCCUACGAUGAUCGUAAAGUCCCUCUUACGACCGUCUUAAGAUUUGCCGACUGUUUCCCGAAACCAUCGUAGCUUAAGAGCAUCGUGAAAACACUCGUAGAUCUACGAGUG